CCACCUGAUGCCACUCUGCAGUGCCACCUACCUGUGCCCAGAAGUGCCACCUACAUGUGCCCAGCAGUGCCACCCACCUGUGCCCACCCACCUGUGCCCACCAGUGCCACCCACCUGUGCCCACCAGUGCCACCCACCUGUGCCCACCCACCAGUUCUGCCCACCAGUGCCACCCACCAGUGCAGCCCAGCAGUGCUGCAGUCAGUGCCACCAGUCAGUGCCCAGGGGUUGUGCCAGCCAGUGCCCCAGUCAGUGCCCAGAAGUGAUGCCAGUCAGUGCCAUCAUUCAGUGCCGCAUAUUCAGUGCCGCCUAUCCGGGACCCCUAUUUAGUGCU